AGAGCAGUAUAAGUCAAGCGUGUCAAUCAUGGAUAUGCACACAACUACUCCUACAGUCAUUAGGUGACAACUCCUACAGACUACAGUAUUACGCUGACGUGGAUCAUUGCAUUGUUACGGCCUGCGUGUUCAGAUAUCAAUCCGUGUCGUGUUAGAAAUGCGUGCAUAAUUAAUGUGAUUAAUGCUGACCUAGACACUAUACUACAUCAACGCGCUCUCGUGAACGGUCGAACAACGCGACACGUUUUCUUUAACCAGGAAGAGGCGAGACGGUGUUUCACUGCAGUCCCUGGUGUGUGCGUGUGUGACGCUGACAGGCAGUACGGUCUUUAUCACCGCUCAUUUUAUGGCGCGACUUCUGCAGAGUGGACAUAUACAUUCCUACGUAGCGCAUGGUUACCCGCAUUGUAGACUUGUGUGGACUGAGAGCAAGUUCAAUUGAUUAAUGCAAUUACGAAUGUUUAUUAGGAUUCCAUAAUGAGUAACGUGCAAACGGCGAAUGGAUAUCCAGUAGUGCUGUCGGCCAUCCCUCCUAACAUUCGGGCGGAGAUGGGUUCAAACGACAGCUUCGGCAGCGACGGGUCAUCUGCUCGGGUGGCUGAGCGUGGCAACGGGAAGCUGCACGUCGACGUGGACGCAGACGACGUGUCGAGCGUGACGUCGGGCGACGAGAACGUCGAGCGUGGAAACUGGACGGGCAAGCUGGACUUUGUGCUGUCGUGCCUGAGCUAUGCCGUCGGGCUGGGCAACGUGUGGCGCUUCCCCUACCUGUGCUACAGGAACGGUGGAGAUUUGCAGAAUAGUAAUAGACGUUCUUGCGUUUCAGGCGUCGGCUACGGUAUGACGGUCGUGUCUUUCUUCAUCGGCGUCUACUACAACAUGAUCAUUGCCUGGGCGAUCUAUUACAUGGUGUCAUCUUUCACAAAGACCCUUCCCUGGGGUUCCUGUGAGAACGAGUGGAACACUGAAGCUUGCAGUAAGUUCAGUGCAGCGAACUGCACGUUGUUCAAUGGAACGAUGCUGAAGAACGGAACGUGCGUGACGGAGGAUGACGUGGGCAGCGAACUGUACAGGAACCUGUCCAUGUCCGCCAUCAAACCCAAGAUGCCUAGCGAUGAAUACUUCCAUAACCACGUGCUGGGCAUAUCUGAGGGUUUGGACUACCUCGGUGGUGUGCGGUGGCAGCUAGCUCUGUGUUUGCUCGGCUCCUGGUGUCUCGUCGCCCUCUGCCUGUGGAAGGGAAUCAAAACAUCGGGCCGGGCAGUCUAUUUUCACGGCUACGUUCCCCUACGUGCGUUCUCACCAUCCUGUCUUCUUUUCAGCUCUGGUGCUGAAAAGGCUGCCACAAGGGAAGCCAACUUGUUUUUCCACAUAGUUGUCACAAGCUCGUUAGUGUGGGGUGACGCAGCAGUUCAGAUUUUCUUCUCACUGUCCCCGUGUUGGGGAGGCCUUAUAACUCUGGCGUCCUACAACAAGUUUCACAACAAUUGCUAUCGUGAUGCACUGGUGGUGGCGCUGGCCAACUGUCUGACGAGCUUCUACGCCGGAUUUGUCAUCUUCUGCAUUAUCGGCUUCAUGGCCAAUCAGCUGGGAGUAGCCGUCGAACACGUCGCAGAUAAAGGGGCUGGACUUGCGUUUAUCGCGUACCCAGAAGCACUGACACGGUUGCCUAUAUCGGCUCUGUGGUCCAUCCUCUUCUUUUCCAUGAUCCUCACCCUGGGCAUGGGAUCACAGUUCACGAUCAUGCAGACAGUGGUGACGACCAUCACCGAUGGGUUCCCACAUCUCUUCCGCAAGCGCAAGUGGAUUGUCGUCAUCGGCAGCUGCAGCGUCUGCUAUCUCCUUGGCCUCGUUCUCUGCUCAAGGGCUGGCAUGUACAUGAUACAGCUGAUAGACAGCUACGCAGCCACUUGGUCCGUCCUCAUCAUAGGCUGGGUCGAAUGUGUGGCCCUGUCCUGGGUCUAUGGUGUGGAUAACUUCCUGGAGAAUAUCUCACAGAUGCUGGGUAAGGACAUCUAUCCGUACUGGUACUGGAAGAUCGUCUGGAAGUUUGUCACGCCUGUCGUCAUCAUGGCUAUAAUGAUGUUCACUUGGAUGGAUUUCUCACCGCUGGAGUACGGAGCGUACGACUACCCACCGUGGGCGGACGGGCUUGGCUGGGCCCUGUCGUUUACCUCGUGCGCCUGCAUACCGAUCGUCGCUAUCUACAAGAUAUAUCACGAACACGGAUCGCUUAUCACGCGGAUACGCCGGCUCGCGAAGCCGUCGCGUACCUGGGGACCGGCGUUAGAGAAGCAUCGGCGAGAGGUGAAGCACAUGUACAAGGGUGUCAUCGAGCCGGGCACGCACCGUCGCGUUCUCAUCUCCGAGUCCGAGGUUCCGCUCGCGAAGAACACGAGUCGGUCGUACGACAUCGCCGACGAGGCCGCGCAUACGCAUCGUCAGCAGCAGCAGCAGCACGACGCCAGGUCCGCCGCACUCGCCUCCGUCGAGACGUCAAUGUGAGGCUGCCGGCGCCCCCUGCUGGCAGAGUGCUCGCCCCGCAGGGCAUGUGUCUGCGAAGCGAGGGACUCUCGGACGACUUGCGAUCGACGCCGAGGCUGAGGUUUGACAUCGUGCUGUUCGGUCGCUUCUCUCCAGAUGGAUCGCCGGGUGAUGGCGAAUAGGUGCGGCGCGGCGCAGGUGUGAGGCACGCGAGAGCCGGAUGGCUCUGCGACUGUGGCCAGAUUUCAAACGCCCUGCUGUUGUAGUGCCUGCUGAACCUGCGUGUAGCAGUGCGUAGCUUGUACGCACAUGCAAGAUGGCUCCUGAUCCCAACCCUGCAAGCACUGAUAAGUUUGUUUUGUGGCAACAUGAAACGUUUUACUGAGUUCCAUGCAGACCAUUAUCACUCGUUAUGCUGAAACGAUUGGUAUUGGGACUAUUGAUAUUCUAUGACAAUACCAGGUGUAGCUAUAUCACAUUAAACAAUUAUCUAGGUUGCAGAGGUAUCCAUUGUCCACUUCAAAGGCAGGGUUGAUAAACGUUUUCAUUACUCUUAGACGUGCUUUUGGUAUUAGACUUCAUCUCAAGUAUUAUGGGCCUGUUAUCCCGUUUCAUUGUUACGUAUAUUGUGCACCUAUUUUAUACGGUGGAAGCUAGGCAGUGGACCACUUUAUCAUUAUUUCAGCCAGUUAGUUAAACGAUAUGGUAAAUUGCACAAUCUCAUUACCAUUUAUGCUGACAGUACGAACACAUUUGGAGCGAAACUAAACAGGAAUCAGACGCACAGUGUGAUGUGACGUCAUGUUUAGUGGUUUACUUUAACCACGUGUUCUCAGGAAUGUAGCAAUGUACUUCAAAAUGAAUAUUUGCUCGAUUGAUUGAUGUUGUACUAUGUUGUUACUCAGUAUUAUGUGCUAAAGUACUUCUAUUACAAGUUUCGAUGACUUAGCAAUAGAGGCAAAUGGAUGAGCAAAUAAGGUGUUGCUUAUGUUCAAGAAUCCGUUAUGUGCCUAUCAUAUGUGGAUAUUUAAUGUUUUUGCCUUGUUCCUGUAUUACUGGUCUCUUCAGUUGUUAUGCAAUGCAGUUGACAUGUGUUUAUUGCUCCUGGUGACGAUAUGUUUGUGUUCCUGUGUGACUGUGUCGUGAUGCUUGUUUUCUGUUGCUGUGAUUAAAAUGAGUUAUUUGGUUGGUUUCUUGUUCCGUACGCAUGUUAGUGUGUGUGUGUGUGUGCGCGUGCGUGCCUGCCUGCGUGCGAGCGUACCUGUCUGUGUGCGUGCGUGCGAGCGUACCUGUCUGUGUGCGUGCGUGCGAGCGUAUCUGAAUGUGCUGUGAUAGGCUGUUGGUUCUUGCAUAUUUCUAUAUGUUUCAACGUUUGUAAACGGUUCUUGGAUAUAUAUGCACUAAUUAUAGGGAAGUGUUCCCUUCAUGGGUUAUUACUAUUAAAAUGCAAUGUCUUAAGCCAUUGUCUAUCUAUAGCUUGCCAAAUUUAUACGAAAUGCUCAUAAAUGCUGCCAAUCGUCUGUUCUAUAUUAGUAAAAUAAUGUGUAUAAAAAUAAGUUUUAGUGCAUACUGUUGCAGUACUGAAUUUUAAUUCGAGUCUGAAUGAUAAUUUGGUUACUAGUUUGAAAGGACUAUGAAAAGAAGUAUUUUAGGCUGUCUGAUGUAAACUCAGUUUAAUUAUAACAGUAAAAAAUGUACAACAGACUAUGACGACAUAUUUAUGUAUGAAUGUUCAUAUAUUGCAUUUGCCAAAUUUUUGUCUACUGAUAAUGCAUACUUGCUGUUUUUAUGCGAUUUGUUUUGUAAUAUUGCAAUCCAGGAAACUGUAGAUAUGAAAUUACAAGUCAACGUUUUCCUUGUGUCGACCUUUUACUACAUCAACUUUAUCUUUUUGAAAUAAAUAUAUUGUAGGUUCAUGGACAUGGGCAAAUAAUAGCAUUAAAACAUAGAAAUUGAAAUUACACAUUAAUAGAAAUAAAACAUUAGCAAAUUCAGUAUAAGCAAUACGCUUUAAAAUUUUGCAUCAUCAAAUUCGACAUUCACAUUAAUUUUGUGAUUGCUCAAUUGUAUUUUUUACCAUGUUUCAUAUGGCAAUAUUUAUUUCCAUUGAAGAUGGACUUUGCAACAAGUUUCAUGUAGAAAUGUACACGGUUAAAACCUGCAUUUUCCUGCUUUAUUCUAAUUGAGUCGUUGAAUCUCUCCAUGUUUGUGAAUUCUUCAACUAUUUUUAAGCAGUGUAGACAAGGGUGAGUUUUCCCCUGUUAUAUUGCACUGUUUUCACACAUUAUAUUAACUAAAUUUUGGGAAUGUAAAACGCGAAUGGUCUUCCAAAGUAGCCAGGGUGCAAUAAUUGGUAGCAUCUUUAAUUAGAACAUGCUGCAUGUUAUGUGUGUUUCCUAGCCAGUGGUUACCGUUGGUAAACGUGAUGCUUCACAAACAGGAUGCAUUGCAUCAUUAAGCUUUUGUUAGAAGCAUGAACACAUAUAUAUAUAUAUAUUACUAACAUUAGAUAUAUGUUCAUGUCAGUAGUCAUUGGUGUUGUACGCGAAGUUCAUGUUGUUUGUGCGUAUUCGUCACUCACUGCAGCUGGGCUUAAUCUGUAAAUAACACUUUGGUGACCGACUGUAUAUAAGUAAAUUAAACGUUUAAUAUACUGUCAUAUUUACAGUGUUAUUUAGCUAAGAGAUUCGAAGACAAGCGUGUGCAUGUACGUACGUAGCAGGGUGUAACACACAGGUCCACCACCAUUACAUGGCGUACUCUCGUGUUGCGAAUACAGGGUUACAACCUUCCUCUGGAAGCUAGAGUCAAGUUUGUUCCAAGGUCAUUUCAGGUUUUGUAAAUGGAACCACGCCUAUGUCUAGGUGUGUGUACGAUAGAUCCAUUAAAAUCACUCAUUAAUUUUAAAUAUCAUUGGUUCAGUACAUUGUAAUUAUGGUACCGCAAACUGCAAAUGGGAGUACCUGUUUGCAGGAUUUAUGUCAACAUAUCGAAACGGAUUGUAGCAGUUGCAGUAAAGCUGAUGGCAUUUUACGGAUCUCGAUUCAUGGUUGUAUGUGCUCAGGAUUUAUAAUAUUAGAGAGCGUAGGGAUUAUGAUGCUGAUAUGAAUAAACAAAAAUAUCAUUUGGAGCAAGUUAUAAUUUA